UCCGUUUAGUUGUAAGAAAAUGUUGAUUAGUUGUUUCAUCCUGUUGCUAGCUGGUACAGUGACGUCACUGCAGCAAGGCUGGCUCGACCGUAUGGUGGCUUACCACAAGAAGAAGUUCCUUCAGGAGUUCUCCAAACUUCCUCCACUUAUUGUGAGAGUCGAAAAGGCACCGCCCGGGUUCGUGGACUCGCCGAAAUGGGACCCAGACUCCGUCAUGCGACUUAUCAUGUUGGUCGAGGUGCUGGAUGCGCGACAAGCUAAGCAAGCGAUCAGGCGUGCCCUGUCUCCCUCUCGCCGGAUCUACCUACCACCGGGAAAGAACACCUUCGACCUGUUCCCUAGCUGGGGCAAGAACCACCCAAACAACUUCUACUACGAUGACAUGGUUCAAUACGACGACAAAAUGACGAACGCGCCUCAAGAUGACGUCGUGACAGAUGACACUGUUGUCUUCAUCUCUAAUCCUGUUGAAGCCCGCCUGCCUGCCUCGAUGAUCACCGUCAGACUGCUAAGGGAACUACUGGAGUCGCGCGCAGUCGGCCUGCGACAGAUGCCAUCCACACCGAAGCCUACAUUUACCUGGACAACCAAGUCACGUGACCCUAAUGAGACACCGAAAAAGGAAGCCGCUGGUAAGGAUGGUGAGAAAAAAGAUGGAGAAGCAAAGAAAGAAGGAGAGGAAAAGAAAGAAGAAGGAAAUAAAGAAGGAGAGGAAAAGAAAGAAGAAGAAAAGAAGGAAGAAGGAGAAGGAAAGAAAGAGGAAGCGGAGGGGAAGCCAGAGGGAGAAGAAGAGAAGAAAGAAGAAGAAGAAAAGAAAGAAGAAUAG